GCCCUUGGAGGCGAAAGCUUAUAACAAGAGAAAUUAAGACAUGGCAUAAUCACUCUCUUAGUCUCUCACCACAUUCAUCGUCGCUCCUUUACCUUCGCGCAUCCAGGCAGGCGUUUAUCACGCGUCGAUUCUCCAAGUACUACUUAUUGCGACUUGUCUACUCACAUCAACUGCUAGACCUUCCUAAUCCAGCACUGUAUAGUCAAACCGUAAUAAUUCUGACUGUUUCUAUACUCACUCGUUGUCAACUUGUGUCCGAAAAUAGACAUUUUACGUGCGGUGGGUUCAUACUGAAUAAUACCUUCCGAGUUGUGACCCACAGAUCAACCGUAGAUUCAUUGAAGCACCAUAAUCAUGCCUUUCACCGACGACGGAAGUCCCACCGAUACCUCUAUCUCUCCCACUGAGACUGAGACGGACCUUGGCUUCAGUCCUCCGAGAGACUGGCAUGCUGUAGCCGUAGCCGUGACCGUUGGCGUUGUCGGCGUCUUCCUGUUUGCGCUCAUCACAUGGCUUCUCCUACGCCUGCGUCGCAGACCAGCUGAUGAAGUCGAUGCAGCUUUCUCCCCCCGCAUGCGGCGCAUCUUCACAUUAGAUAAUACUCGACUCUCGACUGAGUCCAAGUUCAGUUUCAUGCGGAAACCGAUGCGAGUGGCUCACCAGCAGGACGAUGGUUCUUGGGACUUUUCGGAUCCAGACCCGACGCAAUUAUACGUACCUUCCAUUCCGAAGUGUCAGCUCUCCUCGCCGUGCGCACCACCACGUUCGAAUCGCUCUAGUAUAUACAAGGGCGAGCUGUCCCCCGCUCACUCAGAUCUUGAGGCUCCUCCACCUGCUUACUGCGUAGACGGAACUAUGUGGUCCAUGUGUACCCCUCCAACAGACCAUCCACCCCAAGCCAUUGCCUACUAGUUUUGCUCAGUUAUUCUUACCUUCACCUUCAAGCUGUUGUUCCCAUUUUUGCUACCUUCGGCACUUUGAUUUUUCUGUAUUUCGAACUGCCUUUUGUCAUGUGCCCUUGUUUGUGACUUUUUAGGAUUGUAUAACUGAUACGCCGUGUACCAUACAGAGACCCUGGUAGCACAGCUCAACAUGGCACACGACCACGAUCGUCGAUAUGUACAACCACACUUGUACUUCAUACUACUGCUUGUGGUUAAUAUAUCUAAGAUCUGCGUGCUUUUAA